AAUCUGACACCACAAACUAGAGACCCCGGCCCCACUAUCACUCUCUCUCUCUCUCUCUCUCUCUACAUGGAUUGCAGAUAUCUGUUUUCGUUGUGCUUGCCAAUACCAAUUGCCAUAUUUAAAACCCAGAGCAAAACAUCCAUUCUCUUCAUUUUCUAUAUUUUCACACCCCAUUAUUAUGUGUUCCUUAGUUAUUCCCGAAAGGUGAAGAAUCCCAAGAAGAUUUCUUGUUUUCAAGCAACUUCGAGGGAUUUUCGGAAUAUUUUCAAAGAUUAUACUGUAGGAUAAAUCCAUCUGCGCAACUGUCUCCAUAUACUUAUAUUAUAGCGGAAGCGAUAAAAAGCAAUUUGUAGUAAUUAACGAUGGAGUUGACGCUGUUGGGUUCCAAGUCAUUGUCCUCCACCUCAGAUAUGAUGCUUUCACGCCCUUUUCUUAACCCCACGCAUUUAUUCAAAUCCAGUCCCCAGCUUCAUUCUCGCAGAGGCCUUUCUCCGAAGGGUUCAUACUCAAGUACUUCGCCUAAUGAAGCCACCAUUUCGGCUAGCAAAAACCAUCUUCAUCUAGACUCUUAUUCGCGUAGAAUCAAUGGAGCAAGCGCCUCAAGUUGUAGCCCAUUCCUCAAGAAAGACAAAGUUCUUGAUGCAUUUGAUGAUGAGUAUGAGGGAGUUGUAGUAAAUCCCGAGCAACUCCCAUCCAAUCCUCAUGUAUUCGCGUCUGCACUUCGUUCAUCUAUACACCAUUGGAAACUAAAGGGGAAGAAGGGAGUUUGGCUCAAACUGCCUGUCGAAAGGUCUGAACUCGUGCCUCUUGCCAUACAGGAAGGAUUUGAGUACCAUCAUGCGGAGAGAUCAUAUGUGAUGAUGACAUACUGGAUUCCUGAUGGACCGAGCCUGCUUCCCUCGAAUGCUUCUCACCAUGUUGGAGUUGGUUCCUUUGUGAUCAAUGAUAAAGAUGAGGUGUUAGUGGUACAAGAAAAGCAUUGUGCUCCAGAUCUUCUUCAUCUUUGGAAAAUACCCACUGGUUUCAUUCUUGAGUCCGAAGAAAUCUACACAGGAGCUGUAAGAGAAGUAAAGGAGGAAACAGGGAUCGACACUGAGUUUGUCGAAGUUGUAGCUUUCAGGCAUGCGCAGAAUGUUUCUUUUGAGAAAUCAGAUCUAUUUUUCGUGUGCAUGUUAAGACCGACGUCAGCAGAAAUCGUGGUUGAUGAUCUUGAAAUUCAAGCAGCCAAGUGGAUGGGUUUGGAGGAGUUCGUGAAGCAGCCAUUGAUAGAAAGCGACAGCAUGUUCAAGAAAAUCAUAGAGAUCUGCAUUGCGCGGCUUGGGAAGCGUUACUGUGGAUUAUCCGUGCAUCAGCUGGUGUCUAGGUUUGACGGCAAAUUAUCCUCACUCUACUUCAACAUCAUUGAAGAUCAUCAUUCUGACUGUCGAGUUGACUGAAUUACUGAAUUCUCAAUUCUACCAUCUUAUGUAACUACACACAUCCAUCUUUGUACAUAACAUUAACCAUAUAAUAUAAUAUAAAUUCUCCUAUGCAUCCAAAA